UCAAAAUCCUUGCUCCGGCGCACAAGUGAAGAAGGCUACUAAUUUGGUUCACGUGUGUCUCCCUCCUCCUGUUCCCCGCUGCUAAUAGACCUGUGGGCCAGAGGUGUGGACUGGAACCUUUGUCUGCAGGGAAGGUUAGGAGUGGGGGAAGAGGGAUGCUUUUCCAGCAGGCACAGCAUCUAUUCAGUGGGCUUCACUGGGGACAGAUAUCAUUGUGGCACUCUGCACACCAACCAGUGACUAUCAAUAUAUUUUACAGUAAAUCUACAGGACAUCGCUCUCCCGCUGUCUGUCAAUGAUAAUAUAGUCCCAUUUUACAUACCACUUCUAAUAAAAAAUUGAAUGAUCCAUAUUUUGUCCUAAUUGGUAGGCAAUAAGACUAUUUAGCAUAAGCCACAUGCAGGCACGGUCCUCCCUCUCUCCACUGUAAUCUAAGUUGUGGGUGUCAUAGAUCACCAACCUUACCCUCCUUCUGUCAUAAUCACACUACAUAUUAAACCCAAUCACACUAUCAGUCCACUAAAUGGAUGGGUCUUAUCCUAUGAUAGACUACCACUCUGUGUGUGAAGGUGGCUGGCAGAUACUUAACGCUCAGUGAUACUGACCCUGCCCAACCUGCCCUAAUCAGACUCCCAGGCAUUGAAACCAUAUCAGGGCCUCAUAAUUUAGCAGAGACUCUAUACCCAAGCCAGCCUCCCCAGUUAUUAGAUAUACAGUACAUUAGCUAUCUUACAGAGAACUGCAUGGGUCGUUUAGAGAGGGAGUGAGUAUCAUUCAUGGAAUACUGUAUGAAAUGGAAUAAUUUGUAAUGUGUAAGACAGAAUCAAAUUCAGUUCAGUCUAUAAGAGCUUCAUGCACCAGGAAAUAUCAUGUUGAAGUUAAAACAUGAAUGUUAUGCAGUUCAGACACACUCACAAUGGUUAAGCCUGUUUCAGCUGGUGGGCGUCUGUACAAUAUGAACCCCCACCUGCUCACCCAGAGGGAGCUGUGUGUCUUUGAUGGGUUUUAAGACAGCUUUAGGCCUGCGAAGCCCAGCGUGGGGAUGACGACAGGGCAGCGCGAGCUGGUUCCAAAGUGCAGACAAACUCGAUCCAUGUAAAAUAAACUUCAACAUUCUCUCCGUCUCUGUCUUUGAUAGAUAUCAAAGCCCAGGCACAGUCUGAUUGAGCAAGCUCCAUCUCAUCUCAGCCAGCGAGCGCUCUCCACUAGCGCUAUCUAACCCUACGUAGUCAAUCAACAACCAGCCGUCACGGUGGAGAUGGUUAAGACGACCGUGCAGUCAGGGACAUGGACAUCAGGUCUCGUUUUAUUUUAAUUUCAGAAUGGGCCUUGUCUGACAAUAGCCUCUUCAGUCUUUUGUAAUAUGAUUCUAAAAUACCAUGAUACUGUAGAAAUGCGUAACCAAGCCAAUAGAGUUGUUACUGUAAUAUGUAGUAUAAUCAGGACUUCCAAAUGGAGAGAGAGGGAGCAUGGAGCCCUAAUCGAAUCACACACCGGCAGUGUUAUGGUUCGCUUCCAUUUGGGCACUCUGCAUAAUUUGGCCUGUCAGCUUCCAGCGGUUAGAUAGAGAGAGAGAGCCUUGGGUUCCAGACGGGCAGCGUUGAGUUACAGUUCCACAGCCCACAGAGGAACGACAGCUGUUGUACAUUCCAGACGAAGUUGGGAACGUCGAUGAGCAGUGAAAACACGCAUGAACUUCACAUCGCCAAGGCCUCCCCUUCGCUGCGCUGGCAGAUCAAACCAGGGCAGGGAUGCCGGAACAUUUAUGGCGUCGAGAGACAGCAGAGGGGUGACAAAACAUCUCCAGCCUCCCUCCGGGCCUGCUUGUGAUCUGGUAGUUUACCUCACACGGCGAGGGGUGAUAGAGACAGAGUGACAUACAGCCGUGAUCUGGAGUGUGGAGAUGUGCCCCUGCUCACUCCAGGGAGUAAAGAGAUGAUGUCUCAGGCUCUGAAGGACACGUUCAGCGGCUUCACAAAGGAACAGCAACGACUGGCCAUUCCCAAAGACCCCAGGCAGUGGACAGAGAACCACGUGGGAGAGUGGCUGACGUGGACGGUGAACGAGUUUAGCCUGAAGAGCGUGGACUUCCACAAGUUCUGUAUGAACGGGGCCAGUAUGUGUGCCCUGGGGAAGGAACGCUUCCUGGAUCUAGCACCUGACUAUGUGGGUGACAUCCUCUGGGAACAUCUAGAGAUGCUUCAGAAAGAAGACACAAAGCAUUUCCCUGUCAACGGCCUGACCUCCACCUUCCAGGAAUCCCACUAUACCUCAGACUACUUUGUCAGCUAUGGCAUUGAGCAUGCCCAGUGCGUUCCUCCCUCUGAAUACUCAGAGCCGGGCUUCAUCACAGAGUCCUACCAGACCCUUCACCCAAUCAGCUCCGAGGACCUGCUGUCACUCAAGUACGAGAACGAAUACCCAAACGUCAUCCUCAGGGACAUGCCCCUCAACACACUGCAAGGGGACUACUUCUCAGUCAAGCAGGAGGUGGUUUCCCCCGACAACAUGUGUGUGGGCCGCAUCAGCAGAGGUAAGCUGGGAGGACAGGACUCGUUUGAGAGCAACGAGAGCUUUGAAAGCUGUGACCGUCUGACCCAGUCCUGGAGCAGCCAGUCCUCCUUCAGCAGUCUGCAGCGCGUCCCAUCGUAUGACAGCUUCGACUCCGAGGACUACCCCAGCACCCUGCAUGGACACAAGCCCAAGGGAACCUUCAAGGACUACGUCAGGGAGUGCUCAGACCUCAGCAAGGACAAACCUGUCAUCCCCGCCGCAGCACUGGCAGGAUACACAGGCAGCGGUCCCAUCCAGCUGUGGCAGUUUCUGCUGGAGCUUCUGACGGACAAGUCUUGUCAGUCCUUCAUCAGCUGGACGGGAGAUGGCUGGGAGUUCAAGCUGUCCGACCCUGACGAGGUGGCUCGGCGGUGGGGGAAGAGGAAAAACAAGCCCAAGAUGAACUACGAAAAGCUGAGCCGAGGCCUGCGCUACUACUACGACAAGAACAUAAUCCACAAGACAUCAGGGAAGCGCUAUGUCUACCGCUUUGUUUGUGACUUAAAAAGCCUGCUGGGAUAUACCCCUGAGGAGCUCCACGCCAUGCUGGACGUCAAGCCUGAUGUGGACGAGUGAAAACAGAGGGAUGAGAGAACAGAAAUAGUAGAAGAAUAGGAGAGUAAAGGAGCCGAGGGGACUAGGGCUCAGAGAUUGAUGCCGUCCGGUUAAAGAGGGUGCCCAUUUUGGGACCAAACCUAAACUGUGGUCUGUAUCAUUUUGAGCUAUUGUCAGAUGACGUUCAAAAAGGAAGCACAUGCCAAACGUGAAAAUGUAUAAUAUGUUGCAUUUGAGAUAGUGUGUAUGGUAGCUAUAUGUAUAUACUGGUAUUACUUAGUAGCUCAAGACACAUGGAAAGCUAUCAGUUAGAAUAGAGUGGCCAUUUAGCCUAAGUAGCACAAGAAACUGACAUUGAGGAAGGGGGCCAAGAGACAGUGAAAGAUUCAUUAUAAGGAAGGACAUGAAUGGAGAUUUCCUGCUAUGAAAUCUGUUGCCAAAUAUAAAAUGGAAAGUAGUGGAAAUAGAUCACUGUUUCUCUGCCACACUCCACACAAUAGGCAUGGGUAGAGUUCUCAGCUUGGACCAAAAAAGUGUGGUUUUUGUUACUAUUGUUUCAGAAGCAUAAUGUUUGUGUCAGUAUUAUCGUUGAGACUCAACUCCUGGUGUGCUGUUUAGUCUCAGUACGACCAGGGUUCCCCCUUUUUAACAAAUAUUUUUUUUAUGAAGGUAUUAUGAAACCAAACGUUGCACCAUUUAAUGUUAAGUUAGUCCUGUCUCCUCUCUGUGAAAGCCCAAUAACUGAAACAUGCUGAUAUGACUAUCAGAUGACACUAGACACAGGCCUUUUUUUACUCAUUUUCAUAGGUUGGAUGGAGAGUUACUUACUCAUACCAAGAACGGUUGAUAGACACCUGAAAGUAACCGUUGCUUUAAAACUGACGCUUUCAGCUCUGCACAUUUGCCGCUUCGCUAUAGAAAUAUACUGUCUUACCACAAGUAAUACAAAUCCUUAGACACCCUUUCUGUGGUGAGUUUUGAAAGGAAUUGGACAUGAAAGAGUCAAAUGUGCCCAUCACAAUCUGUACAUUGAGUGGUUUUCCAAACCCCCAUUUUAGCAUUGCUUUAGAAGAGAGCAGAGAGGGAGGGACCUGUUGUCGACAAAUUGAAUUGCAAGCCAUGUACGAUGGAUGGUUUUUGUAGUCAAAAGAGAAAGCUUAGGAAUGUAGAGUGUACUGUAUUUGUGUGUGUUACGUGGUGUUCUCUGAAUGAAGGGAAGCUGCCAUAGCUAGGUAAGGUAUAUCAAGGUGCAUGAUGGUAGUAGGGUGAAAAGAGAAGUGUUCAAAGCAAGGAGUGUAAACUUUGGAUGACUGUUUGAAAAAGAGGGAGAUGAGAGGAGGACUGGGUAGUUUUGGGAGGGAACUGUGGAGUUGUGAAGUUAAUCAGUAGUGGCUGAAAGAGAAUUAUCAUCAUUAUGGCAUGAGGAUGAGAUUAAUGCUUGUGCUAUUGUACAGCUUGGAGUCUUUUGUUAACUGAAAUGUUUGUAAAGAUGCUCCAUUUCACCAAUGAGGAGGUAGAGAUCGACAGGAAACAGGACUUCCAUAAACAGUUGGGCUAAAGGACUACUGGGAGACAUGUGGCAUUAUAUGCUAUUUUCUUACCAUGCUUUGUACAUGCUUUUCUAUUUCUAAGACAUAAGGACACCCAAUUCAGUAUAUGGAAAGGAUCAAUGAAAUUACAUGCCCUGAAUACUGUAUGUACUUGUGCAGCUUACUCAAGAGCAACAGUAGUUGUGCUGGUUGGGUUUUGAGUAAUGUCGUCAGUGGGAACAUGACUAUACGCAGGUCUUAUGGGAAAAGCCAAAGUCAAGAAAUAUCAUCUUAAAAUACAAAUGUUAUUGUUUACAGUGGCUGAAUGUUACCCAUUCUGAUGAAAAUAGGUUUUGAAAUGUUUAUUUGUACAGAUUGUAUUUCAUAACGCUUUAUUAAGACCCAGAUGAAACAAAUAAGCAAGAGACAAAGCAGGAAUAAUAACCAAACCCAUGUGAGGUCUGGGCGAUAGAUAGAGCUUUGGGUAUGUCCACCAUCUUGAAGGACAGGAACUGUUAUUCCCUCACAUUCAAAGUGUUGUUUCUGCUUUGAUCUUUUGAUUUGUUGGAAAGCACUCAGUGUUAGGACUCAGUGAAGAUAUUUGGCUGGACUGACUGAAGUUCCCUCUUGAGAUUAUAGGAAAGGGAUUUCUGUUCAUAUUAGUUACUUUUUAGUUGGGCAACUGACCACAGGGUUGGUUUUUCUAGUGUCAGUCAGCACAAACACACACGCACACACACACACACACACACACACACACAGACCACACACCACACACACACACGUAAUCUUGUGUAGAGAAGAUUGAAUUCUCUUGAACAAAUCAAUCCACCCAAUCUCUGUGGUUCAUUAUGCACGCUACAUUUCCAGGAUUCACAUCACUGUUAGAUUAUUACUUUUCAGAUAUUUUUCCUCCAAAAAAUGUUUUAUGUUAGGGCAACUGUUCAUGUUGAAAUAUAUGCUUAACGUGUUGUUGAUGAUGCCGUCCAGCUCCUAGCCAGUCACCAUUUUGAGUAGAUCAGAAUAUAUUAUCUUUGUUUAAAUGGAACAUAUACUGUGUCUGUUUGGACUUCAAGUCCAGUUUGUUUCAGUAAAUGUCAUAUACGUUAAGUUGUGGACACAAGUAUUGCACAGAUCUUUCUAAAUGGACUAAAUACAUAAAUACACAGAUACCUUGCGAUAUUAGCAUAUCUCAGACUGAUCCAUUAGGAAACCUUUUUUUGGUGUUGUUGUUUUUGUAUAUUUUAUAGUGUUUCUGUAUUUUUGUUAAUGAGACCAUUUUUUAUGUAUUUAGUUCACAAACAUUUGAAUAUUUUUCAAUAAUUUAUAUUUUAUAAAAGAAAAAGACGCAGACAGCUGGUGCUUUCACGGGAAAUAAAGGUAGCACAGGAAAAAAAUGUAGCGAUUUUCUUUCGAUAUAGAGAAUAGACCUACCUGUCUGUUAAGGAAAAAGGCUGAUGCUGGCCCAUCAUUGAUUUCUGCUGGAAAGUUUUAUAAACUGUUGCUUCUAUUUCUAUUUUACGUUAUAAAAAAAUAUAUGUGAACAAAUAUUUCAUA